GAACAUCCAAUCAUCUUCCAGGCCGAGGGUUACAUAAACUCUUAUUUUAUAAAAGACUGUUGCUUCUCCUCUCAGUACCGUCUCCAUCUCAGUCCAUUUCGGGAGUCGAGCCCGUCAUUCUCUGACGUGACCGGAACAUGCAUUUUGGCGCAAAGCAGAUGUUGAAUUCAUGCGAGUUGUAUUAUUAACAGAUUGGCUGUUUUUACUUGUUGGUGUUGAGUCUAACUCACUUUCUUGCAUCAAAAGAGACCGUUUACAAGAUCAUUACAACUUAAAAACGACAAAAUGGCACUUCAGAAUAAAAUCCUUCAACUGAGCUGCAGGGGUGUUUCGGGAGAAGUGCUCAACAAGAGGUUUGCCAGUAAUUCUCGCGCGCUGCUCAAAUCUGCAACCAGCGAGUCGCUCCGGAUCUGUGCGACCGGACAAGAGACUUUCCCGGAGGAUUUGAUCACACCGGGGGCCAGUGCGGAGGUGGUCGCGAAGGAGACCCGCAUCAAGAGUCUGAAAGAGAUGCCGGGACCCAGCGCCGUCAGCAACCUGAUCGAGUUCUUUUACCGGGACGGUUUCAGUAGAAUCCACGAAAUACAGAUGGAACACUCUCAGAAGUAUGGGAAGAUCUUUAAAUCUCGUUUCGGCCCCCAGCUGGUUGUGUCUAUCGCAGGGCGGGAUCUGGUUGCCGAGGUGCUGAGGACGGAGGGUGUGGCCCCGCAGAGAGGCAACAUGGAGUCCUGGAAGGAGUACCGCGACCUGAGGGGCCGAUCUACCGGACUUAUCUCAGCGGAGGGUGAGGACUGGUUGAAGAUGCGCAGCAUCCUCCGCCAGCUGAUCAUGAGACCGAAGGACGUGGCUCAGUUCUCUGACGACGUGAAUGCUGUGGUGGACGACCUGGUGAAGAGAGUGGAUACGCUGAGGAGCCAGCAGUCAGACGGACUCACUGUACUCAAUAUUAACGAUCUGUUUUUCAAAUACGCAAUGGAAGGUAUGGCAGCCAUCUUGUACGAGGACCGUCUGGGCUGCUUGGAGAAUGAGAUUCCUCAGAAGAGCCAGGACUACAUCGCAGCCCUGCACCUGAUGUUUAGUUCCUUUAAGAUGACCAUGUACGCCGGGGCCAUCCCCAAGUGGCUCAGAACCGUCGUCCCCAGACCCUGGGAGGAGUUCUGCAGCUCCUGGGACGGACUCUUCAGUUUCAGUCAGAUCCAUGUAGAUAAGCGUCUGGGGGAGAUCCAGGAUCUGGUGUCCCGAGGAGAGACGGUGAAGGGGGGGCUGUUAACUCACAUGCUGGUGACCCGAGAGAUGAACCUGGAGGAGAUCUACGCUAACAUGACUGAGAUGUUACUGGCUGGGGUGGACACGACAUCAUUCACCCUGUCCUGGGCCUGCUGCCUCUUGGCCCGUCACCCUGAGGUCCAGCAGGAGAUCUACGGAGGUGACGAGGACUCUGGGACACGGGACCAUCCCCACCGCUGA